AUGGAACUAAAUAAAAAGCUGGGCUUGAAUAAAAAUAGUCCGUUGGUUGACAGAGAACGAUACCAAAGGUUAGUUGGCAAGCUAAUCUAUCUCACACAUACUAGACCUGACAUUACUCAUGCUGUCACUGUUGUAAGCCAGUUCUCUAGCCAACCCAAUAAAGAGCAUAUGGCGGCAGUGUUCAGAAUACUCAUGUACCUCAAAUCCUCACCUGGAAAAGGUCUCUAUUUUAAAAAGGAGGCUAACAGGGGAAUUGAAGUUUUUACAGAUGCAGAUUGGGCAGGUUCAAUUGUUGAUAGAAGGUCUACUACAGGUUAUUGUACCUUUGUUUGGGGAAAUCUGGUUACUUGGAGGAGCAAGAAACAACCUGUAGUUCUUGAAGUAGUGCUGAAGUAG